AUGGGCUGCUGCACGGGGCGCUGCACGCUCAUCUUCCUCUGCGCGCUGCAGCUGCUGGCAGCAUUAGAGAGACAGAUCUUUGACUUCCUUGGUUUCCAAUGGGCUCCUAUCCUUGGCAAUUUCCUACAAAUAAUAGUUGUCAUUUUGGGUUUAUUUGGAACCAUCCAGUUUAGGCCUCGGUAUAUAGUUGUGUACACGGUGUGGACUGCCCUGUGGAUCACCUGGAAUGUUUUCAUUAUCUGCUUCUAUUUGGAAGUAGGCGGACUUUCUAAGGAAACUGAUCUCAUGACCUUUAACAUCUCAAUGCACCGGUCUUGGUGGCGGGAACAUGGGCCUGGCUGCAUACGAAGGGUGGUGCGUCCUUCUGCUCCUGGCAUCCUAGACGAUUACUCCUACGUCUCUGUGACAGGCUGCGUAAUUGAUUUCCAGUACCUAGAGGUCAUUCACAGCGCUAUCCAAAUAUUGCUCUCUCUCAUUGGAUUUGUGUAUGCCUGCUACGUGAUCAGUAUUUUCAUGGAGGAAGAGGACAGCUGUAAGUACUGA